AUGGCUUGGCAUGCUGCACCUGUAGGUGUUAUAUAUGGACUCUCUCAAGAAGAUAAAGAGUUUUUAGCUUCUGAGACGGCCUCAUUGUUGUUAUGGUCUCCAACACUCACCACAAACCAUACAGAUCAUCUUGCACUUCUGGCCAUCAAGUCGAGCAUUAUUCAUGACUCCCAACAUGUUCUUGACUCAUGGAACACCUCUUCUCAUUUCUGUCAAUGGCAAGGUGUUACAUGUGGUCGUCGGCAUCCUAGAGUCACAAUAUUAAACCUUGCAUCUCGAGGCUUUGCUGGUUCCGUGUCCCCUCAUAUUGGAAACUUAAGUUUUCUCAGAGUGUUAAAUCUACAGGAUAACACCUUCAAAGGUGUAAUCCCACCUCAAUUAGGAAAUUUGUUUAGGUUGCAACAACUAAACCUCGACAACAAUUCUUUUGAAGGAGAAGUUCCAGCCAGUUUAUCAAACUGUACAAGGUUAAAUAUUUUUCGGCUGGGUACUAAUAAUCUAAUUGGCAAGCUUCCACAAGAGCUUAGUGCAUUGGUGAACCUGGUGGAGUUAGUCAUUCAUAAGAAUGGUUUUACAGGAGGGAUACCAUCUUUCUUUGGAAACUUCACUUCUUUAAAAAAGUUAUCGGCCACCCGCAAUUCUCUAGGCGGAAGCAUUCCACACACUCUCGGUCAAUUGUACCACUUGCAAUUUAUUGGUUUUGGUUCUAACAAUCUCUAUGGUACGAUCCCUGGAUCCUUAUACAAUUUAACAUCUUUAAAAGUACUUGGCGUAGAAAAUAAUUCAAUCAGUGGAAGUUUACCAAAAGAUAUAGGCUUGGAGUUACCCAAUCUUGAGUAUUUUCAAAUAUGGGGUAACAAAUUUACCGGAAACAUACCCUUCUCAUUUUCUAAUUGUUCAAACUUGUCAAAGCUUGACUUGGCAAACAAUAGUUUUACUGGGAAGAUUAACAUUGAUUUCAGAAAUCUACCAAAUCUUUGGUAUGUUGGGUUACAUUUUAACAGUUUAGGAAGUUCUGAACCUGAUGAGAUGAGCUUCAUUGAUUCCAUGGUCAAUUGUAGCAAACUAAAACAGUUACAAUUUGACAUCAAUCAAUUGACCGGAGUUCUUCCGAGUUCUAUAGGCAAUCUCUCAUCACAACUAAGAAUUCUAACAUUUAGUGGAAACUUUAUUUAUGGGACCUUACCUUCUGGGAUUGGGAAUCUUGUGAAGUUAGAACAAUUAUUUAUAAACUAUAAUCAAUUAUCAGGGAUAGUUCCCAGUGAAGUUGGUAAUCUACAAAACCUUAAAUAUUUAUACAUGAAUUACAACUUCUUCACCGGGAACUUUCCAAAAUUUAUUGGAAACCUGCCAUUAUUGCUAGAGUUGAGUUUGGCAAAUAACAGAUUAGAAGGACAUAUACCUCCCAAUCUUGGCAAGUGCAAGGGUUUGUUGGGGUUGGACCUUUCUGUAAACAAUCUUACUGGCCCUAUACCCGUAGAACUUUUUCAGCUAUCAUCCCUGUCGAUCACUCUAAAUCUUUCUCAAAACUAUUUAGUUGGGCCCCUUCCUCCUGAGAUAGAAAAGCUCAAAAGUUUACAGGAACUUGAUCUGUCACACAAUGGUCUGGUUGGACCAAUACCAAAUGCCAUCUCAGGCUGCACAAGCCUUGAGUACCUAAAUCUUGGUGCCAAUUCCUUUCAAGGCCAGAUACCUUCCUCGAUGAGUGCUUUAAGAGGUAUAAAUGACCUUAAUCUUUCUAGUAACAACUUCUCUGGACAAAUUCCAAAAUUUUUAGAGAAACUAAACUUAUCUUCAUUGGAUUUAUCAUUCAACAAUCUUGAUGGUGAGGUACCGUUGGAAGGUAUUUUCAAGAAUGUGAGUUUUAUCUCAAUUCAGGGGAACUACGGAUUGUGUGGAGGCUUUCAUGAACUUCGCUUGCCCAAAUGUGCGCAAGUAUCAAACACGAGUUCUGGAACAUCACGUGUUAUCUUAAUUGUCAUUUCAAUAUGCUCGUUUUUAGUUGUAGCAAUGGUCUUGUCUUCUCUAAUUUAUUGGAAAAGAAAGAAGCCACAACCAGCACCAGAAGUUACCUAUGUGCAAGCAUUGUCAAGAGUUUCUUAUGGAAGCAUACUUAGAGCUACCAAUGAAUUUUCUCAACAGAACUUGAUUGGGACAGGGGCUUUUAGUGAUGUUUAUAAGGGUAUUCUUGAACCAGGUGAUGGGGUGGUUGCUAUCAAGGUUCUAAAGCUUGGAAACCAAGGAGCUUUGAAGAGUUUCAUGGUGGAGUGUGAGGCUUUGAAAAAUAUAAGGCACCGUAAUCUUGUGAAAAUCAUUACUUCUUGUUCUUCGGUUGAUUUUCAGGGAAAUGAUUUCAAAGCUCUUAUUUACGAGUUCAUGCCAAAUGGAAAUCUGGAAAGGUGGCUACAUCCAAGUUCAGAACAAGAAGUUGUUAUCGGAGAAGCUCUUCCACAAAGAUUGACACUUCACCAAAGAGUAACAGUUGCAACAAAUGUAGCUCAUGCCAUGCACUACCUCCACCAAGAAUGUGAGGUACCCAUAAUUCACUGUGACUUGAAGCCAAGCAAUAUCUUACUUGACAGUGACAUGGUCGCUCAAGUUAGUGAUUUUGGGCUUGCAAAGUUUCUGCCAUUAAAACCACACGAAAGCAUUUCAACUGGAUUAAGAGGGACUAUCGGUUAUGCACCUCCAGAGUAUGGUCUUGGAGGCGAGAUGACAAAAGAAGGGGAUAUUUAUAGCUUCGGGAUAUUGUUAUUAGAGAUGAUAACAGGAAAGAAACCAACAGACGACAUUUUCCAUGAAGGAUUGAACCUCCAUGAUUAUGUGAUGAUUGCUUUGCCUCAUCGUCUAAUGGAGAUAAUUGAACCGACACUAUUGUCUACCAUUGAGGAAGAAAUGGAAGGUGCAAAUGUCAACCAUGAGGACGAAGCUAGACAGUGGGAGAGGCUAGAAGAAAGCAUGAUCUUAUUGGCAAAAGUUGGGUUGGCAUGCUCCUUGGAAUUCCCCAAAGGGAGGAUGAACUCAAGCAAAAUCAUCCAGGAGUUGCAUCACAUCAAUGGUCUAUUCUAAAGUUCUUUAGAAUAAGAGGGGUGCUGGUCAGUUGGAUAGCUCGUAGAUCUCAUUGAUAUAUAUAUAUAUAUAUAUAUAUAUUACCCAUCAAAUGAGAACUACUUGAAAAUGAGAACUAGUAAGAACAAAUCUCGUCCCUAUAUUUAUAUGAUCUACGGUCAAAAUAAUUUAAUGCUUUUUAUAAU